AUGAUGUUUCGUUCAUGGGGAUUGUUAAACACAAGAAGUGGAUACGACGUCCGUCUUGCCACCAUUAUGUUGAACGUAUCAGUGGUUGUAGUUGGGUUACAUGCAGAAUCCUUCAUUAAUUUGUUAGCUUUAAUUACACUGCCAUUUCAACAAGCCGUUCCCGUUUCCAAAUGUUACUCAAUAUUUGGUCAAGUGACAGUACAUGUACAAAACGAUAUCGAAAGUGAAGAUGUUUUGUUGCUUAUGCACUGCAAGUCCAGCGAUGAUGAUCUAGGUGGACGUUUUCUCUAUCAAGGUCAGGAAUGGCACUGGGAAUUUGGUAUAUUUCCUGGUCAGACAUUUUUUUCUUGUGAUUUCCGUUGGUACAAUAAUCAGGAUCAUCAUUGGUGUAUUGGGAAUAAUUUUGAGGUUUACCUUGCGGAGCCAUUUAUAGAACACUACAGAGGCUAUUGCGAUAAGGAUUGUCAGUGGUCUGCUCGUCAUGAUGGGUUCUAUUUAUAUCGUCGUGAUAAAAAGGAGUGGGAAAAAAGAAAUGAGUGGGAUUGUUCGGAUGAAGAAGGUCUCUAA